CGCCCCCAAGUGAACACGCGGAAGCAGUUUGUAAGUAGAACUUGACCUCAGCAGCAGGAGAGGUCCAUGCUGCUGAAAUGUUUUUAUAAUUGAAUGAAUGUAUGAGGAGUAGAUGUGUUGGUCGCUCUAAUGGAUCCUAAUCUGCUGUACUGGAAGAGCGAGGGACAGUCUUUCCUCAGCCGGCUGCAGAUCUGGGUUAAUCUCCUUGAUCCAACCUCCCUGCUUUCCUCUGAUGCUGAAAUACAGAAGGCCCACGCACGUCUUGGAAGUGUAGAGAAACUAAAUGAAAAGGACGGACAUGCACCCGUCCUCUCACUUUCGUCUGUCCACGCUGAUUCUGGUGCGGCUCUUCCACUAAUUUUCCGCCCUCCAGCAUUUUUGCCAAUUUCAGCUCCUCUGGUGGUUGCCAGCCUUUUGCCACAUAGCAGGGUCAAACCCGUUCUCUUUUGGCAGUUCUUGCUGCAGAGCUACAGUGCUGGCUUCAACCAUGCAAACAGAAAUUCUUCAUCAGAGCAGGGUCAGAAGACGUCUUUGAAGCAGUUUCUGUUGAUCGCUGGGACAGUUUCCUAUGCCACAUGUGCAGGGGCCCUUCCUCAAAUUUUCAUUAAUCGACUUGGUGUAAGAAGCGCACCAAUCCAGACGUUCUUUAGAUCGAUAUUACCAAUCCCACUCUCAGCUGCUCUGGCCCUCUUUAAUGUGUUUACUGUCAGAAGUGAGGAGUCAGAAAAUGGCAUCCAAGUAUUUGAUUCCAGUGGAAAUCCUGUCGGCCUCUCUAAAGCAGCAGCAGAAAAGGCUGUGAGAGAAACCGCAUUGUCAAGAGCGGCCCUAUUUGGCACAACCGCCGCUGUCCCUAAUCUCCUGGUUUUUCUCUUACAGAGAAGAAGACUUUUCCAGAGGAAUGCUCUGCUGGUCGCUCCUCUCCGUCACAUAAGUGUUGCGCUUGUUCUGGGCUUGAUGAUCCCCGUCUCGUUCAGUCUCUUUCCACAACUAGGAACAAUAAAGAAGGAAAACGUGGAGGAGGAGCUGCAGGCUGCAGUGGAGGAUGGGCAGUUAUACUACCACAGAGGACUCUGAUGAAGCUGCUUACACGGAUACAAAAAUCAACCAAAGUCAAAUAUUGCCAUCACUGAACGGCGUCAUAGUCAAUGUCUUCUUCAUGCAGCUUAAAAUGUACGAUGCAUCUAACAGACUCAAAGAUGAAAUGCAGCUUUUUCUACAUGUUUUCAUGUCAAAUAUUUAAUUUAAAACACUUAUUAAAACAUACAACAAGCUCUUUGAUAGUAAAUUUAUUUAGUUGGAAUAUUAGGUGUAUUUAGACAUAGGAAAUAUUACAUCAAUUCAUGAAAAUACAUUUACUUUUCAUAGUUACAUGAGCAUGUGUAUGUACUGGACUACUGUGUCUUAUCUGAAAUACUGAGGCAAAAAAAACCAUCCUUUUGGCAAUGCAUGUAAAAAACUAAAACAACAGCGCUAAUUACACAUUCAUAUAAACAAAAGUAGAACCUGAAGAUGCACAUAAUGUAAUAACAAUGCAUACAUGGAAGCACCAAUCAUUAUUUGAUGAGGAACAGUUCAUUUGUUUUAAUAUAUAUAUUAAAAAAAGCCUUUUUGUAAAAGCUUCAUAACACAACACAGUCUGCUUGUAAUUCAGUUGUGCAGCUCUCAAGUCAUUAGUAAAAUACAAUU